GGGACCAUAAAUAGGGCCCCCAGGCCAGCCUCCUCACUCGCCUCUUCCUCCUUCACCACCUGCCCGGCUCAGCAGCUGCCCAGUUGCCUCAGCCCUGCAACCAUGCCCCGCGGUCUCCUGUGGCUGGGCCUAACCCUACUGGGGGCCCUGCAGACCCAGGCCCAGGACUCCACCCCAAACCUGAUUCCAGCCCCACCUCUGUCCAGGGUCCCGCUGCAGCCAAACUUCCAAGAUGACCAGUUCCAGGGGAAGUGGUACGUCGUGGGCCUGGCAGGGAAUAUCAUUUCAAAGGAAGACAAAGGGUUUAAGAUGUACACCACCAACUACGAGCUGAAAGAAGACCGCAGCUACAAUGUCACCUCCACCCUGCUCAGGAACCAGCGCUGCGACUACUUUGUCAGAACUUUUGUCCAAACUUCCCAGCCCGGCCAGUUCAGCCUGGGCAACAUUAAGGCUUACCCUCCACUGCAGAGCUACACCGUGCGAGUGGCGGCCACCGACUACAACCAGUUCGCCACAGUGUUCUUCGAGUAUGUUUCCCAAAACCAGAAGUCCUUCAAGAUCACCCUCUACGGAAGGACCAAGGAGCUGCCCCCUGAGCUGAAGGAGAACUUCAUCCGCUUUGUCAAAUCCCUGGGCCUCACCGAUGACCACAUCGUCUUCCCUGUCCCCAUCGACAAGUGCAUCGAUGACCAGUGAGCAGGUGGUGAGUAUGGAUGGGGAGGGGGCUGAUGGGAGUGUGAGGGCAGCAGCCUGCUGCUCCCCUACCCGGCAUUGUCGCCAUCGUGACUCCCCUGCGUGCCUCUCAGGUGCCUCCUCUUCCUCCUUCCCGUUGCCUUCAUCUCCGCCUCCGCCCAAGGUGCCACCCAGCUGCCCCCAGGAGCCGGACACCACUGAGAGCCAGGACCCUCUCACAGUGCGGCCCAGCACUGCUCCCAGGCCACCCUGCUGAUGGAGUUGCUCCUUGACUGCUAAAUAAACACAUGCCCCAGCC